GCAUCAUAGAGUCAGGCUCCGGACUUCAAGAGAGUGAAGGCGGGUUGGAGCUCCAGUGUGUAUGUUUGUGUGUGUGUGUGGUUUUACGUUUACAGUUGUAUACUGACUGGAGAGCUCUGCACAUCACCGACCUGACAACCAAGAGAGAGGGAGUAAAAACAUCUAAAUUCUCCCGGGAGAAGAAAAGAGCCGCCGCGUGAGCCAGCCAGGGAGCUGACAUUUAACUGAACAUUUUUCCAGGGGGAUGGUAGUUCCAUACGAAGGCCAGUCUUUCUCUGAGCUGAGGAGGCAGUGCCAGCAGAAUGGACGUCUGUUUGAAGACCCUCUGUUCCCCACAUCUGACCAGUCUCUGUUCUACCAGAAUAACCGCAUCGGCAGAGUCACCUGGAAAAGACCAAAGGAGUUAUGCAGUGACCCCCAUCUGUUUGUGAAUGGCAUCAGUGCCCACGACCUACACCAAGGCCAGCUCGGAAACUGCUGGUUCGUAGCCGCCUGCUCCAGUCUGGCCUCCAGGGAGGCAUUAUGGCAGAAGGUGAUCCCUGACUGGAAAGACCAGGAGUGGGAUGAUGAAAAACCAGAGUCCUAUGCUGGGAUCUUCCACUUUCGGUUCUGGCGGUUUGGUGAGUGGGUAGAUGUGGUGAUCGAUGACCGGCUGCCCACGGCAAACGGACGGCUGGUGUACUGCCACUCCAACGACAGCAACGAAUUCUGGAGCGCACUGGUGGAGAAGGCCUACGCCAAGAUGUGUGGAUGCUAUGAGGCACUUGAUGGGGGCAACACAGCCGACGCUCUUGUGGAUUUCACUGGCGGCGUGUCAGAGCCAAUGGACUUGAUGGAGAACGGGUUCAAAGACGAUGAAGAGAAACGCGCUGAGCUGUUCGAGAGAGUCUUAAAAGUCCACAACAGAGGAGGCCUUAUCAGCUGCUCGAUCCGGGCAACCAGUGCAGCAGAAAUGGAGGCCAAGCUGGCCUGUGGCCUGGUGAAGGGCCAUGCCUACGCGGUGACGGAUGUCCGCAGGGUGAGGCUGGGUCAUGGCCUGCUGGCCUACUUCAGGUCGGACAAACUAACCAUGAUCCGCAUGAGAAACCCCUGGGGAGAGAGAGAGUGGAACGGGGCCUGGAGCGACAGCUCUGAAGAGUGGAAUAAGGUCAGUAAGAGUGAGAGGGAGAACAUCGGUAUGACUGUGCAGGAUGAUGGAGAGUUUUGGAUGACAUUUGAUGACUUUAUCGCCAACUUCACAGACCUCAUCCUGUGUCGUCUCAUUAACACAUCCUACCUGAGUUUCCAUAAGACAUGGGAAGAGGCUGUGAUGCGGGGCUCCUGGCGCCGCCAUGAUGAUCCGCUUCUCAACCGAGCCGGGGGCUGUACCAACAACAAGCACUCCUUCCUCCAGAACCCGCAGUAUGUGUUUGAUGUGAAGAAGCCGGAGGACGAGGUACUGAUCUGUCUGCAGCAGAAAGACCGCAGAGCCACACUGAGAGAGGGAAGAGGAGAAAACUUGGCUAUUGGCUUCGACAUACACAGGGUGGAGUUUAACAGGAUCUACCGCAUGCACGUUACCCAGCAGAAGGUUGGUGGGAGCAUUUACAUCAACUCAAGAUCUGUGUUCAUACGCAUUGACCUGAAAGAAGGGCGGUACGUCAUCAUACCCACAACCUUUGACCCUGGCCUGGAGGGAGACUUCCUGCUCCGCAUCUUCGCUGACCUUCCAACAGACUGCAAGGAGUUGACUGUGCAUGAGCCUCCAAAGACCUGCUGGUCCGGAUUGUGUGGUUAUCCCUCUCUGGUCACUCAGGUCCACGUAAUGAUGGCUAACGGACUCGCAGGACAAGACUCUGAUGGAGUGUCUGACCCCUAUGUGAUCAUUCGUUGUGAAGGAGAGAAAGUUCGCUCUCCAGUCCAUCAAAACACACGAAGCCCCAACUUCGACACCAAAGGGCUCUUCUACAGGAAGAAAGCCAACAAGCCAAUCAGCAUCGAGAUCUACAACCACAACGUGUUGAUGGACUCCUUCCUGGGUCAGGUGACAUUGCCGGCCGAGCAAGGUGAAUUCCAGCAGACGCUACACCUGAGGGACAAGGGCAAUCGCCGUGACAACGACCUGCCGGGAACCCUCACUGUCGCCGUAGUGACCAGCACAGUGCUCACCAACAUCUGAGACAGACCACGAAACCAUCCAGUCAGCUAAAGUUUACCAAAUUGAAUUGCCAGUUUACCACUCUGUAAGGGUAAAUAUUGUCCCAAAUAGAGAGGGUUUAGUUAUUGGAAGUUUACUUAAUAGAAGAUGACACAUCCAGCAGGAGGUCUGCAGAGAUCAUCAGGGCCCAGCUGUUCAGAAGUUAUCUCAUCAGAUUUCAGAUAAUCAGAUUGGAUCCAAUCUUAAAAAUGGUUUGUUCAGAGCAUAGUGGUGGUAGUACUGGGAUACCUUUGAUCCAGGCUGGAUUCCAUGUUUUUAUUGUCUUUGAUGGCACCUGUGGUGAUAAGCAGUAACAGCAGUGUGUAUGUUGACAGAUGAAGUAUCAAAACCAGGCUGGUGAAUUUCCAAACUGGGAUUACUCUGAUCUAGAUUGUAGUUUUUGAACAUCUGGGCCCGGAGGAGGAAACCUGAUUCUCCUGCUAUGUUUCAGCCUUAUUAAUGUCUAUUUACCAAAUGAUUUACAGUACUUGUGUUAUAUUGUAUCUGAAUAUCCUGAAAACAUGAGAAUUGAAAAUGAGGUCUUGCUGACUCAUAAACAUUGUUUACUGUCCAUGAACCACUAUCAACCACUACUUAGUGUUCUUUUUAUUCUGCUCUUAAAUGUCUUACUCUAUUUUAUCUUUUAUCUUACUUUAAUAUUUUUAAAAUCCUAUUCAUGUCUUUUUAUAUGGCCUCCUUUUAUAUCUUGUCUCAAUGCCUCUCAUGCCUCCUGAACACCCCUUUGUAUUGCCUUGUUGAAAGAUGCUUUACAAAUAAACUUGCCUUGCCUGUGCCAUACCUAUA